AAGAUUUAUUAUAGUUUAAAAAUAUCAAAGAUAUAAAAGUGAAAUAAAGAAAAUAAUCAAUAUAGAGCAAAAAGAAAAUUGCACUUAUAGCUUUGCAAUUAAAAGAAAGAAAAAUCGUAUAUAGAUAGAUAUGCAUGUAGUAUGUACUUGCACACAUGCACAAACAAAAAAAUCAAUUGCAAAUAUUUAAAGAAAUAAAUUUCAUAAUGGGUUAAAAAAGAAGAAGAACGAGCGAGAUAGAUAUACAAAUAGAUGGAUGAAUGUAAAAGAAAGAAAAUAAUAAAAAAUAAAGGUUAAAGUGCUUAUUUAUGUAAACAAAAUAACAGUGCUUUUGUUGUGUGAAAAUUAUUUCUAUUGGACAAAUAUUUGUACAACAUUCCGUUUAAAAUAAAAGUAAAUAGCUAAACACAAAAACCGGUUGAAAAUAUGUUGGUCUUACUAAAAACGUUGUUUAAACAAAUUUUUAAAGAAAGUUGUUGAAAAGAAAAGUAAGAAAGAAACCAAUUACAGUGAACCAGAAAUCAUAAAAAUUUACAAAAACAACAACAACAGCAGCAACUACAAACAAACAUCUCUUAACGGCAAACUUCAAUUACACAGUCAUAACGGUCAUAAAUAUAUGUACUAUAUCUUGUUUGUUUAUGUACACACGCAAAUACUACUACUCUAUUACUACGCAUUAUUAUGGCCUUGUUGAAUAAACUAUUUUUUCCAUCAUCAACGACAACAACUCCAACUCCAUCACCGUUACCGGCGGCAGCUGCUGCUGCAUUAGCAACACCAUCUUCGUCGUCUACACAACACCAAAGCCAAACAAACACCUUGUCACGUACAUCUUCAUUGGCGAGUAUUUUAUCGUCAAGUAGUGGCGCUGCUACUGCGACAGCUGCAUCCACAUCAUCAUUGUCUUCACAACGCAAUACAGCUGGUAAAUGUGGCGUCAGCAAUAAAAAAUCUAAUUACAAUCAAACAACACAUUCAAAAAACUAUUUAAGUCAGUUUCCCUUUGAUGGAAGUCAAGUACGAAUAUUGGUUUACCGAGAGUGCGAUUCUCGAGGGAGACGUUUACUAUUCGAUUCGAAUGCUUUGGAAAAAGUUUAUUUAAAGGAAGAAAAUGGGAAUAUAAGCAGCAAACAUAAUGUGAAAUCAACAACCGGUGGACAUGCUGCUGCCAACGCAACUAUUAAUCAUAAUAAUAAUAAUAACAAUCACAAAGAAAUUUUAAAUUUUAAUAACAAACAACAAACAUCCAACAAAGGACAUUCCAAUGGAAGUUUUAUUGAAGUGUGUGAGGAAUAUGGUUACAAGCACAAUCGGCCAAAUUCUUCGGAUAUAUCCAGUGUGGGAGAAAUGGUUUUUGGUGCUUUGGCCAUGUCAUUUCGUGGGACCUCCUUAAAAGUUCAUUGGCUGGAUGGGCCUUCUAGACUACUGUGUUCUCAGGUCUUUUUAACGCCAACCAAACAAGCCAGUGGUCAUUCACCAUAUUCCACGCUAUCCACAAAUAGUCUUGCGACUCCACGAACAUCAAUAUGCAGUGAGCAUGGCUCUAUGGAUGGCGUAUCGAUGAAUUCCUAUUCUCUGCCAUUUUCAGUUGGUAUUGGCCGUCACAUUAGCCUGACACCCAGUGAUCUCAGUUCUUCGGUUGUAUCUUCGCCGCUGGAUGUGCCCUCAAUAGAUCAGCAAUCACUGCUCACUAGCAGUGAGAGUGCUGCAGAUAGUGGGCCACGCUUUUCCUCAACGUAUAGUACGGGAAAUGAUUCGGGCUAUUCGGCACUUAGUCGUGGCCAAUUGUCUAGCGAUCAGUGGUCUGCAUCGUAUCAGUAUUCCACCCGCAGCAGUUUAGGUUCGGUGACAUCCGAAUCGGAACGUGUGCGAAAGUUUAGUAUGGAUUCGAAUUUUUUUGGUGGCAGCAGUCCUGGGAGUAGCAAUCUUUUGGAAUUGUCUAGCGAUGGUAGUUUGCAAAGACGUAUAUCGCGCAACAUGAUGACUUCGUUUGAAAAUGAGAACUCUAUGAAUGAUUUGAUAGGUUUUGUGACGGACAAUUAUACCAAUGUUGCUACCACCACCACCACUCAUGGCGGUAGUGAAGGCAUGAAUUUGGCCGUUAAUAAUCCCCGUGCAAAUUAUUGUCCUAGCGAAUCUCGUAGCAAUCCUGAAAUGGGUAAGAGACGAGAAAAUGCACAUACUAUGAAAGCAAACUCACGGAGAGCACGCAUAGGACUGGCAGUGUGUGUAACCAUGAGUGAAUCGUUUGAAGAGGAAAUGGAAUUAUUUUGUAGCGAACACAUAGCUCUUUUGGAGAGUAUGUUGAGCCGUCUAAGGGCCAGCACCGAGAGGGCCUACAUACAUCACAGUCAAUUUUUACAAAUAAUGUUUCAAAUAUGGCAAGAUACUCAACAAUGGUUUUCGGAUUUAUUUACUGCACCUCGAAUAAAAUGUCCUGUAUGGUUAAGCAUUACCACCAGUGGUAGUAAAUACUCGAAAAAUGUAGCGGAUCGUUUUAUAAAGGAAUUGUGUUGGCUGCUGUCAUUUGCCGAUACCAAAGAUACAAAUUUUUUUGUUAGCACCAUGUUAACGGCUAUUCUUACUCAUCAUUUAGGUUGGGUACCUACCGUUUCACCCUUUAAUUCCUCAUCUUCAACAGCAGCCAUCGAACAAAGAGCCAAACUUCUGAAGGUAUCACAAAAACAUCCUUACAAUGCUUUGUGGGCCCAACUGGGCGAUUUAUUUGGCGCCAUCGGUUUACCCUCAAAACUGGCGCGCACCGUCAUCUACGGCACAGAAAAGUUAUCAAUUGAAAGACUGUUAAAUGUACUCACCUAUUUUAUAAGAUGUGGCGAAGUCCGCAGAUCGUCCAAAAAGGAAGAUUUUAACAAAGAGAGAUUAAACAAUAUUGUGGCACAGAACAAAAAUGAACCACUAAAAAAAUCUACUCUAUUUGGUAGAAAAGGUCCGAUGCUGGUGCAAAACCGAUCGGAAGGAAUUCUAACGCGCACGCCAACUUGCAAACAAAAUCUCAGCUCCAUCGUCGGUGAAAGUAACGACGAAAUGUUGGAAAGAGAUGAAGAGGAAGACGACGAUAACGAUGAAUAUGAAUAUGAUAACCAAAUGACCGAUGAAGCAAUCAGAACUUAUAAAAAGAACGAAAUACCCACAGUAUUGGCAUUUAGAGAUUCACGUUUUGUACAACAGGAAUUGCGUAUUGGUAACUAUCUCAUGGAUACGGGUAUUGAGAAGAACUCGAUACAACAGUAUCAACAAUCCAAACAGAAAGAGACAACGAGCAAUCGUCAAUCCGAAGGACGUAUACGUUUAACUCUAACCACACCCGAUAAUGUUGAACUGAAUGUGGAAGACGCACAUCUUGACGAAGAUGGUGCCAUGGAGGCCAUAGAAAUAGAAUCGUUACCAAAUGAUCAAUCCGCUAAUUUAAAACGCAAAGAAAAUAAGAAUAUACUCAGGAAGAAACCGUUCUUUUGGGGCAUGACCUCUUCAACGGUCAAAGAAGGUUUAAGUUUAAAUGAUUUGAACAAAAUACAACAACAGUGCUUCACUAGAAAACAACAGGAGCAAGAAAUGCAACAACAGCAGCAGCAACAAAAACAGCAACAACAGAAAAAAUCUCAACAGCUCUCUUUAUCAGAUCUCAUUACCCAGAACAGUAUGGGUAAAGGUGAACGCAUGACAUGGGGCAUUGAACCCGUUAAGGAGAACCUCUGCUUGGAAGAAAAAAUUCAUUUCGAUUUGUGUCAGAAAAAUAUCGAACGUGAGCACGGCAUUUGCAUGUCCAAGGAGACAAAAUCUGGUGGUGGUGGUGGUGGCGUAGUCUUCGUUCUAGGCGAAAAUGAGCCACUAGUAAAUAUUAAAAAGAGCACCGAAGAUUUGACUCAAACAGAUCCAAAUGAAUCAUCAUCAUCCCCAUCAUUGACAACCCAAGAUACGAGUAACAAUCAAUUGUUGUGUCCCCUACAUCAACGCAUGCACAAUUCGGCCACGAGCUCACAUCAACAACUGAGCAAAAAACACUCGGGAGUUAAGUUCAAUUUCGAACAAUACCCCCAAAUCGUAACCAACUACAUGAAAAGUAAGAAUUUGCUAAUGUCCAAUUAUGAUUUGCUAAUGGAUAAAUGUUCAAAACUCGAAUUACAAGGUGGUGGUGGUGGUGGCGUUGGUUUUAUAACCACACAUCUCGACAAAUCACCAACAACAGUUCUGCAGGCAACAUCCACAACAGCCGCAACCAACAAAACUACAUUCCCCCAAUCAACAACAACAACAGCAGCAGCAACGUCCACGAAUAAUGCCAAUAACUGUAUGGUAUGCAAUGGUCUACUUAAUGCCUACCAAACCCCCUCCAAUGCCACGGAACUAGAAUUUGAGACAGAUGAGGUGCACAGUUUUACAAAUAACAAUAUAAAUGCAAAUGCCAACGCUAACACUAACAUAACAGCACCCCCCUCAACAUCCUCAAUACCAACGGUCAGUUCUCAAACUUCUGUACAAACCCUUAUAUCAUCGACUUCUCAUGGUGGCUGUCAGGAGGAUGCAUGCGACGUUGCGAACAACAAGGAUUCAAUUGACAGUGGUUGUGGCUGUAAUCAGGAAGUAGACGGAAACGAAUCGAAUAUUGUAACAUCACCCAAAGAAGGUCGCAAGAAACAAUUCAAUGCGAAUCAAAAGAAACCAUUAUCUCAGCGUGGUUCCAUCUCAUCGGUAGCGGCCAAAUGUGCUGCUGUCAAUGAGGCAAUGCAUCUAUUAAAAUUGCCCAUGCCGGGCAUAAAAGAAUUGCCGCAGGAAGAUGAACCACCAGGCGAUAUGAAGUUGCCGGUCGGCUUUGUACCGUCACUGUUUUUAAGUGUCAACGAUCAUUAUAUACCCGAUAUGGUAUUACAGGGAACUCUUGCGUCACCUAAAAAAUGGGAGAUGAAUUUACGCGAAGAUCUAGCACUGGCUGCACAUUCUGCCUCUCUAAUAUCACUGCCCGCUGAAAACAUUGCCAUCAUAGCCGAUAUGGAAAAUUGGGACGUUAAACUGCUAUCAUCUCAAUCUCAGCAUUUUCCUUAUGCCGGCGGACAGAGUGCUCCCGUAGGCAUGUCUCAAUUGGUCUCUACAAUGCUGGAAACUGUACAGACCAUGCACAAUGCUGGCAUACCAGCCUAUGAGUGUCUAUCAUUUAUGGAAUCUAAAUUGCAAGAAAUCUAUUUACACUCUGAAACAUUAGCUGCAUUUCUAUUGGAAACAGAUUUUUGCUCAUUGAGUGCAGUAACAACCGCCCUAAAUCUUUCGGAAAACGAUGUGCCACUGUUGCUAUCAAUUGCGUCCAUACACACCCCUCAAAUAAGUAAAAAGUGUGGCAUCAGUUUUAGAUGAUGACAACCACCACCAUCACCACCACCACCUAAUCGAUUAAUUAAUAAUUGCCCACAACAAACCAAACCGAGUAUUGUAUAAUUUACACUCAUUCACAUCAAACAAUCACAAACUCAAUCUCACAUUCCCAUCCUCACUCUCAUCCAUCAUUAGAUAUUGUAAAUAAUGCAAUCAUUACAUUAUCAUAUCAUUAAUUGACUUUAUACAUAUUCAUACAUACCUGCAUUCAUUGCAAUCAUACGUUGUAUAUUUUCAUCAUUAGUUUUAUUGAAAAAAAUUAAGAAAAAUAAUUUCAUUUGGCAUUUCUUUUAAAAGAAAUGUGCAUAGAUGUACAAUGUAUGUAGAUUGUUUUUCUUCUGCAAAUUAUGAACUGUAUAUAGUUAUACAAUCACUAUUUAUAAAUUGUUCAAAUAUUCAAUAGUAUUUAUUACAUAAAUAAUAAUCUUAGUUCUAACUAACUUUAGAUUCAUUACUUUUAAUUUAUUUUGCAAACUGAAACACAGGAAUUUAAAACAAUACGCAAAUAUUUAUAAGCAAUAUUUAUUAAAUUUUGUAAACAAAGAAUCAAAUCAAAUAUUAAAAUAAUUUUGUAUUACUAAAUUAAAAAAAAA